ACAUACCCAUUGCAGAAGGAAUGUGUUUCUUUGGGACCACAAAAAUGCAGUGGUAGUGCCUCUAGGAAGCAUAUAAUGGAUAAAAUGAAAGAACCGACUCGUCCGCACCCGGAACUCCUCGACGCUAGACCUGCAAUACCUGCAUCGAACCACAGAGGCGCUGCUGAGUUCUGCUCGAGUUCACCUGGAGACAAACCCGAGGACUGGAUCAACGACAGGAAAGCGUUCAGAAAAGCGCUAGAACGGAUGGGAGAUCUGCGCAGGUGGCUCCAUAAUAAACCCAUUCUCACCGACUUGGAGGUCCUCGUUAUGGAACGAGAAAGACAAGCUAAGCGGAUGUCAUCAUUCCCUCCAGAAACAAGCACUGUUCCACCACUAGACGCGUCUCCGAGCACGCUCAGAUGUGAACUAGAAGAGGUGAAGAGUUUUCUGCGCAUGUGCGAAUCCUGCAACCUCCUCAAACUCUUGGACUGGAACGGGACUGGUAAAUUAAAGCGUGUAGACCUCGCUGCUCUGUUUAAAAAGGAAGGCUUCUUCAUACAGCCUGAGCGGCUGAAUGUGUUGAUGUCCUCUUUGAAUAGUAAGGAUGGAAAGUCUGUAACUGUGGUAGAUGUGGCUGCUGGGAUUCAGGCCUGGAGCAAAAAACAUCAUGAAAACGAAGAACAAUCAAGCCCAGGUUAUUGGAAUGCAGACUGUGAGGGAAGGGUUGGUUCAAGACACCAUAUUCCAAUACACGGAGAUGAGAUAGAUGACCAGGGCAUGCAGGAUGUGGAGGUGUUAGUGAUCAUGCGGAGAGUGCUGGCAGCAUCCAAGACCUCUUGUCCUUCUACUCUGAGUGGCCCACUGGGCAGAGAAGUGGAUCGUUUCAGGAGACUUUGUUUGAGAGAAUACCUGAAAUCACUGGAACAAUGCCAACAACAAGGGAUAAAUGUGAGGCAGGCCACACUACAGAAAGUCCUGUUGCACCCUGGUGAUAAAUUUGGAGGUUACUUUGGGACAUCCAGAACACACCGAGUUGAUGGUAGAGCACAUAAGAACCACAAAGAGAUGAAGCCUGUUUGCUGGACGGACUCUAAUCCUUUCUGGCCUGGAAAGGAAGAUCAUGUGCGCUUGUUUCUGCCUGUGAUGACAAGCUCUCCUGCAACGGUUUUAUUUCAGCGUAUCAAACAUACUGUUGCGCCAAGUCCUGGACACUGGCCUGUAAAUCAUUUAGGAUACUCAACCUCUGGAGACAUAGAAUCUCGCAAAAUCUACAGCCUCUAGACCAUCUUUGAUCUGUAUAGAAUGUCUGUAUUAAAUUGUUGUUUUGACCUUCUAAAAAGUGAUUUUCUACCAUUAGAUGGCGGCACGCAAACACUGAAAUACUACUGUAGGUGCGCUGCUAUUUUUAGCUACGCAGUUCUUUGCUUUUUUCGCUCAGCAUAUUGUCCUCUGUGACAACUAAAGCAGUCAUGUUUGAUUUUAAUAAAUACUAAAAUG